ACUCGAGUUCCAACUUCAACCACUUGUCAGUAGUACAAAACGGGAACCUUAAAAUAUCUUUCAUUUUUCUCUCCGAACUUUAUUUUUCUUCUGUAUCUGUAUCAAAUUUCUCAAUGGAUCUCACCGUAUCUACUCACUGUAUCAAUCCUGUCACUGGAAUUCGCAUUUCUCCUUCUAAUCUAGGGUUUCAAACUAAUCUCUCCAGAAAUCUUAAUUUCUUAAAGGUUUCUAAUGAUACUUCUAUGAUUAAAACAUCUCGAUUAUCUCUUCUAAAGUCUGGGUUUCAAUCAAAAUCUCGAAUUUUUGCUGUUGCGGAACCGAUUACAGAGAAUAUUGAUUCAGUGGAAAAUAAGGUUUCUUUGAAUCCAACUUAUACUAAAACGCCUCCCAAUAGAGAACUGCGAACUCCACACAGUGGGUAUCAUUUUGAUGGAACUACAAGGAAAUUUUUCGAGGGUUGGUAUUUUAAGGUGUCAAUUCCAGAAAGGAGGCAAAGUUUCUGUUUUAUGUAUUCAGUGGAGAAUCCUGCAUUUCGUAAGAAAAUGAGUACAUUAGAACAGAUUUUCAAUGGACCUAGAUUUACUGGAGUUGGGGCUCAAAUUCUUGGACCAGAUGAUAAGUACAUUUGUCAGUUUUCUGAGGAAUCUCAGCACUUUUGGGGAGGUAGGCAUGAGUUAACACUAGGGAACACCUUUACAGCAGGAAAAGCCUCGCCACCCCCAAAUAGGGAAGUUCCUCCUCAGGUAUUUGAUGAUAAAGUCUCUGAAGGCUUCCAAGUUACCCCACUUUGGAAUCAAGGCUUUAUCUGUGAUGAUGGAAGAUCAAGUUACGUGAACACUGUAAAGACUGCACGAUGGAAAUAUAGUACGCGUCCUGUUUACGGUUGGGGUGAUGUUGGCUCGAACCAAAAAGCUACAGCAGGCUGGCUUGCAGCUUUUCCUGUAUUUGAGCCUCAUUGGCAAGUUUGCAUGGCAGGUGGACUCUCCACAGGCUGGAUAGAAUGGGACGGCGAACUUUUUGAAUUUGAAAAUGCACCUUCUUACUCAGAGAAGAAUUGGGGUGGAGCGUUCCCAAAGAAAUGGUUCUGGGCUCAAUGCAAUGUUUUUCAAGGCGGAGAAGGAGAAGUUGCUUUGACUGCUGCCGGUGGUUUAAGGGAACUGCCUGGAUUGAACAGCUAUGAAAAUGCUGCACUGAUCGGAGUUCAUUGUGGAGGAAAAUUUUAUGAAUUUGUUCCAUGGAAUGGUGUUGUUAAUUGGGAGAUUGCACCAUGGGGUUAUUGGCACAUGUAUGCAGAAAAUGGAUCAUAUAAGGUGGAAUUAGAGGGAACUACAAAGGAUCCAGGAACUCCGUUGCGAGCUCCUACAUCUGAAGCAGGGCUUGCAGUAGCUUGCAGAGAUACCUGUUUCGGGGAUCUUAGAUUACAAAUGUGGGAAAAGAGAUAUGAUGGUAGUAAGGGAAAGGUUAUUCUAGACGUUACAAGCAAUAUGGCAGCACUAGAAACUGGCGGAGGACCUUGGUACACUACAUGGAAAGCGAAGACCUCUUCACCUGAGAUAAUCAAUCAAGCGCUCAACUUCCCAGUUGACUUUGAAGAGAUUCUUGGAGCUGUUCCCUUUCUUAAACCUCCUGGUCUCUAAUUAUUUGGUGACAUCUCACUAUUGCAGUCUCUGGUGGAGAAUCCUUUCUUUUCUUUACUUACAGAAUCUCCUGUGCCACAAAGAAAGUGUGUACAGUGCAUUACUCUCUUAAUUCCUGGAAUUUCACUUAUCUGACUGAACCUGCGCUCUGAGAGUCUGUUUUUAAGUAAGCCAGGGAUACAUGUACAUACCAAGUGUUUAUGAUUAGCUCAGCCUGCUAAGCAGUUUUGGUCCCUGAACAUGUUUCGUCGAAUGCGAGGAUAGAACACGCGACCUUCAGAUCUUCACUCUGACGCUCUCCCAACUGAGCUAGCCCCGCAAGAUACCAUUGCAACUAAAAAGUUGGAAAUGCUCACCCAUCAAUAAUAACCAGCCAGAAGAUGCAUUGAUGAACUAAAAAUGAAAUACAUUCCUUCAUUUGCUCAAGAAAGCCAAUAGUAUUAAUUGUAACCUACUCUUUCACAAGUCUCUUCUCUGUUGGAUUUUUAUGAUUGAUAGAUUUCGCGACAAUGCGCGAGGUUUCUUCGAAA